AUGAAGUUCCAUCCUAUGGGGCACAUCUUAGCUACAGGUUCCAAUGACAAUAACACAAAAUUCUGGGCUCGCAAUAGACCUGGUGAUACACAGGAGGACAUUUUCGGCCUGGCAUCUUUCACAACGAACAUGGUAAGAGAGAACGCUUUGUGCAAAAUUUUCGACAGCUGGGAGUCAAAUUUUAGUAUAUUGAGUGACUAUAUUGAAGAGAGAGUUGGCGCACUGGAUAAAGAGCGUGAGCCGAAGAGCGCUGCAAUCAGGCUUGAGGACGAGUAUAUGGCACCAGUAAUUCCAGGUAUGGGACUGGAUGACGAAGUUGUUGAAAAAAUGAACCGGGAUAUUACCUCGAACCCUGCCACGGCCCACCACACUAUGCUACUUAUGCCAGAAGACUUGAAUGCGCGACAUCAGCAUAAUGCAAAUAUUGGGGCGAAGAAAACGCUGAUCAAGCAGCCACCGCCGAAGAAAGCACAGCGUCAAUUUGAACGAAUGUGGAAUGUAUCCAAGCCUGGAGGCUCAGGAUUUGAUGAUUACGAUGAAGACGCCGAAGAGGAGUUCUUCCAACAACCACAACAGCAGCAGAGGCCACGGCAAGGCCUAUUAGGGCAAGCUCCGCCUCCGAUGACUAUGCUUGCGCAAACUGUCAAAGCUCAGUCCGCAGCAGCUAUGGCAGCUGGGUUUGCGGGUGGAUUUGCAGGAGCGCAGAAGCUGGGUCUCCUCCCUCCGGGCAUGCCACCUGGUUGGAAGCCAGGUUCAACUUCUAGUGGGCCUCCUAGUCCAAAUGAUGAUAAGUCUGGUCCGCCGAAGGCAAGCCCCGCCCAACAGCCUCCACCGAACGACCAAGGACGACCUAUGCCUUCCCAUAGACCUCCGCUGAUUGCAAAUGCUCCGGCUCCACCAAACUCAGGUCCACCCGCACAACCUCCUCAGGCAGGUCAAAAUCAGUCAGGAGGACCUCCGUCUAGGGCGCCGCUACCGAUGCCUCCGCAACGACCACCAUUCCCUCAAUUGCCUCCUAUGAAUCAUGCUCCUGUUGAUCAAGACCAACGAAUACGAAACCAAGAUGAUGAGAUACGUGACCCAAGGCGGAGACCACCCUUACCUCAGGUAGUCGUCGUAUCAGUUGACUGCUAA